AUGGAGUUCUUGUUGUCGAUGGAGCUCCGUUUUGAGCAUUUUCACUUCUUCGGCGAGUUCUCGUGUCUCGUGGAAUCCUUGUCGAACGCCGUCCAACUCGACUCUGGAACUUUUCGGUGCCAUUUUUCUGCGCAUAAACUCACUAUUCUGUGCCUCCAUCUUCGUCAUCUCCGCAUCCAUCAGAAUCCGACUACUCAUCGCAUCGUCAUGUUUCCUCUUCACCGCCAACUCCUUCUCCAACGAUUCUUUCGCCUCACGGAGUCGUUGACUGACGUCUCUCUCCGAUUCGAGUGCCGACGAGAUUUGACGAAUUCGUUCGUCUUGCUCGGCGAGCCGACGGUUGCUUUUCGACUCAUCGGCUGCUCCGCCGUGUGA